GAAACUGAUGCCAGAAGCCCAGUGUCAACACUGGAACCAAGCAAAUACUGCACGCAGUGCCAUAUUCGGAGAGCCUGAAGACUUCAUUUUCAACUGGGACUCCUUCUCCCCGAGAACCACAGCAGCAGCGGUCCUGGCCUUCCAGGAUGAUUUUAUUUAGCCACGUGGGUUAUCUCAUUUCCUUGUUUGCUACAGUUUCCUGUGGGUGUCUGACUCAACUGUAUAAAAAUACCUUCUUCAGAGGAGGGGAUGUAGCUGCCAUCUACACCCCAGAUGCCGAGUAUUGCCGGAAGAUGUGCACUUUCCAUCCCAGGUGCUUGUUGUUCAGCUUCCUCUCAGUGAGUCCUGCCAAAGGGCCAGAUAAAAGGUUUGGUUGCUUCAUGAAAGAGAGCAUCACGGGGACCUUGCCGAGGUUACAGUGGACGGGUGCAGUUUCUGGUCAUUCUUUAAAGCAGUGUGGCCAUCAAAUAAGCGCUUGCCACCAAGACUUAUAUGAAGGACUUGAUAUGAGAGGAUCCAACUUUAACAUAUCUAAGGCUGGCAGUAUUGAAGAAUGCCAGAAACUGUGCACAGAUAAUAUUCACUGCCAAUUUUUCACAUAUGCUACAAGUGCCUUUCAUAGACCAGAGUACCGGAACAGCUGCCUCCUGAAGCACAGUUCAGGCGGAACGCCCACCAGCAUAAGGACACAGGACCACCUGGUGUCUGGGUUCUCACUGAAGUCCUGUGCGCUCUCAGAGAUCGGUUGCCCCAUGGAUAUUUUCCAGCACUUCGCCUUUGCAGGCCUAGAUGUGGGCCAGGUGGUCACCCCCGAUGCUUUUGUGUGUCGCACCGUCUGCACCUUCCAUCCCAAUUGCCUUUUCUUCACUUUCUAUACGAAUGAGUGGAAGACAGAAUCACAGAGAAAUGUUUGUUUUCUUAAGACAUCUAAAAGUGGAACACCAGGUCCCUCGAUUCCUCAAGAAAAUGCUGUGUCUGGAUUCAGCCUCUUCACCUGCAGAAAAGCUCGCCCUGAACCUUGCCAUUCCAAGAUUUACUCUGGACUUGACUUUGGAGGCGAAGAACUGAGUGUGACCUUUGUGCAAGGAGCAGAUGUGUGCCAAGAGAGGUGUACAGAGGCCAUUCGCUGUCAGUUCUUCACUUACUCCUUACGCCCCCAAGACUGCAAGGUAGACAGGUGUAAAUGUUCCUUAAGGUUGUCCAUGGAUGGCUCCCCAACUAAGAUCACCUACGGGGCCCAGGGGAGCUCUGGGUAUUCUCUGAGACUGUGCAAAGUCGUGGACAGCUCUAUCUGCACGACGAAAAUAAACACCCGCAUUGUGGGAGGAACGAAUUCUUCUUUAGGGGAGUGGCCGUGGCAGGUCAGCCUGCAAGUGAAGAUGGUGUCUCAGAAUCAUUUGUGUGGAGGGACCAUCAUUGGAAGCCGAUGGAUAGUGACAGCUGCCCAUUGCUUUGAUGCGAUUCCUUAUCCAGAUGUGUGGCGUAUUUAUGGUGGGAUUCUUAAUCUGUCAGAAGUUACGAGAGAAACGCCUUUCUCGAAAAUAAAGGAACUUAUUAUUCAUCAGAACUACAAAAUCUACGAAGGCAAUUAUGAUAUUGCCUUAAUAAGGCUUCAGGCACCCUUGAAUUAUACCGAAUUCCAAAAACCAAUAUGCCUGCCUUCCAAAGCUGACGCAAAUACAAUUUACACCAACUGCUGGGUGACUGGAUGGGGCUACACGAAGGAAAGAGGUGAAAUUGAAAAUACUCUACAAAAGGCAGCUAUUCCUUUGAUACCAAAUAAAGAAUGCCAGAAAAAAUACAGAGAUUAUGUUAUAACCAAGCAGAUGAUCUGUGCUGGUUACAAAGAAGGCGGGACAGAUGCUUGUAAGGGAGAUUCCGGUGGCCCCUUAGUUUGUAAACACAAUGGAAGGUGGCAGUUGGUGGGCAUCACCAGCUGGGGUGAAGGCUGUGCUCGCAGGGAUCAGCCGGGAGUCUACACCAAAGUUGCUGAGUACAUGGACUGGAUAUUGGAGAAGACACAGAGCAGCGAUGGAAACACUCUGGAGAUACUUCCAGCAUGAGGAGACUGUGUAGCAAAGAGCCCAGCAGGCACCAGCUUUACCUCCUGGUCUCAGGCCAAGCUUAGAGCCCCAGAAUUCUCUUCAAAAUGUAAAUGAUGAUGUCUACCUCACAUCCUUGUCGUGGGAUUAAAAACACAAGACAGUGUCUUGCUCAAGUGUGUUUCUUGCCUUGAAUAACAGGAGCCCCAAGGGGAACUAUCCAAAGAGCACCAAACUUGUUUGGAAAAAGUGGUCAAAGGGUUUUAUGAGAUAGUGAACUGUCUGGAUGUGGAGCAGCUGGAAACAAGACUCCAGAUCCUAGUACAGUCUGGGGGACCAUUUUCAUGUAACUGCUGGACCUCAGCAGAUCCCUAGUUAGCCCCUGUCCACAGCGGCCAUUUGCUUGUUAGAAACUGAUCCUGCUCUUUCAUUUGGAGCAAAGAACUGGGAAACCUGCUUCUUUUCAGUGGAUGGAAGAGAUCUUUGUAACAUCUCCUUUAUAGUAAAAAUGAUGGUCUACUUGACCCUGAAGGGACAGAGCACCUGUCCUACUAAACCACCUUCCUGGCCAUUGCCUCAUGGUCUUGGCUACAUAUGGGUGUUAAGAUCUGUAAGGCUAUAUUUUUUCCUGUUGUGUGCAGCUCCUGCAAUGGGCUUAUCACCCAGUACUAACACAGGGUGGGGAACCUGAUGGGAAUCUCCCAGCGAACCCUGGUAGUUCAGUUGAUACUGCAUUCUGCAAUCGCAAUACAUGAAGUGUCAUCAGAUGUAAAGUGUUGUAUAAAAUCCAGGCUUGCAACUGAGUUAAAAAUAAAAAGUGGUCUUGGCAUAAGUGACAUCAUUCCUCAGGCAAGACAAAUUCCCAGCUUGCCAGUGCUCCCUAAGUGGAUCGUGUGUGGUUAGCUCCAUUUAUUUAAGCUGAUUAAUAUUUAGACAGACUUAGCUAUUUACAAACUAUUGUGCAAGUUAAGUGCACAGAGAGAGAAAAGCGAAACUUUAUAGAGAGGAUUAAACUUUUCCUUGCCCAUUUGUUGAAUAGUGCAGAGGAUUAAAUGUGGAAGAUCUCGUGGCUUAUCCACAGAAUUCACGAUGGGAAGGGGAAGAGGUAGGAAUGACCCCAGGAACAAAUGGAUUUUGUAAAAUCUGGCUGGAUUCCUAUAAUUUCUCUUUAAAGCAUGUAGCUUCAACUUUUACUUUUGUAUGUAAUAAAUGCUGUUGUCUUA